AUGAAUAUGUUUGUAUUAAAAACACAACAAUCUUAUUUGUUUUUUCUUCUACUUUUAUUCUUAGGACUAAUUUCAGUUCAAUCCAUGAGGUUUGAUUUGCCAUAUGAUAAAGCUGGUAGAUGCUUCGCUGAAGAAGUAAGGAAGAAUACAAUGGUGGUUGGCAAUUACUCCAUUGUCAAUUCCAACCAAGCUCACCCUUUGCCCCCUCAUCACACAAUGACUGUUCAGGUGUCUACGAAUGGAGGCAAGAACUCAAUUCAUCUUGCAGAGCGUGUUCAAGCAGGGCAGUUUUCAUUUACAACAUAUGAAAAUGAAGAUUAUUUGAUAUGUUUUUUGGAUACAUCUGAAUCUGAUGAUCACCAAGUAAUACUCUCUAUUGAUUUUGAAUGGAAAACUGGAGUAAGUGUCACCUUGGGUCAUCCCUUUAUUGCAAAGAGAAGCAACAUUGAUAGAAUGGUACAUGAGGUACAAAAUUUGCAUGAAACUGUUUUGUCCAUUGGGGAAGAGAUGACUUAUCUUCUUCGACGAAAUGAAGAAAUGACUGAAGUCAAUUGGAUAACCGACAAUAGAAUGUUCUUGUUGAUUUUCGUUUCACUUUUUGUCAGCUUCUCAGUUACAGGGUUGCAACUAUGGCACUUGAAGAGGUUUUUUCAGAAAAAGAAACUCAUAUAA